AUGGCUGGGCGAGGAGAGGGUGCCUCUCUUGGCUGGGAGAAUAAGCAGGUUGUUGAUAGAUCAUUUACAAAGGAUACAUUGAAACCACCAAAGAUAUCAGCUGGGAUGGCUGUGGUUGAGCCAGCUGCUCUUAGUCAAUAUCAAAAAGAUUUAUUGGCAAAGAUAAAAGAGACUGAUAUAGUAUACUCAAGAGAUAGUAAUGAUAGUAAUAAUAAUAAUGAUGACUGUGAUAAAGACAAGGAAGAUAUAAAACACAUAUACAAAAACACUUUAAACAAAUUAUAA